AUGGACAGCAUCAGAGUUGUCGUAUGCGGCGAUGAAGGCGUAGGUAAAUCUAGUCUCAUCGCAUCACUCAUUAAAGAAAAAUUCGUUCCAAACAUUCAACACGUGAUUCCAGAAUUGGUUAUCCCUAGAGACUUCUCCAACAGCUCUCACUCUCCAAACUUCACCAUUCUUAUAGACACCACUCCUUCCGACAUAUUCUCUUUUCAAUAUGAGGUUAGGAAGGCCGAUGUCAUUUGGUUGGUCUAUUCCGAUCAUUAUACCUAUGAACGAAUCUCUCUAUAUUGGAUUCCUACUUUCAGAUCUAUGGGUGUUAACCUACCUAUUGUUUUAUGCGACAAUAUGAUUGAUCUUGACAAGACGGUAGAAUCAGACACCAUACUCAAUGAAGAGUUUAUUCCCCUUCUACGAGAGUUUAAGGAGAUCGAGGCAUGUAUUCGGUGCAGUGCCAAGGAAAAUUACAACGUUAAUCAGGCAUUUUAUCUAUGCCAGAGGUCUGUAACUCAUCCUAUUGCUCCUUUAUACGACUAUAAAGAUAGCAGUUUGAAACCUUUGGCUGUAGAUGCUUUAAAGAGAGUCUUUUAUCUUUGUGAUCGCGAUCAGGAUGGAUAUCUCAAUGAUAACGAACUUCUUCAAUUACAGGAGAAGGGCUUUCAUAAAACCAUGGAUAUCAACGAGCUAUCGCUGAUUAAAUCCACUCUUGAUACUUCUCUUUUUGGUUCUGCUGGUGAGAAAGGUAUUACGGAACAAGGAUUUUUAGCAUUAAACAAGUUGUACGUCGAAACAGGACGUCAUGAGACCAUCUGGGGUAUAUUGAGAGCGUUUCAUUACACCGAUUCGUUGUCCAUCGAGGACAACGUUCUUUAUCCGAAGAUGGAUGUUUGGCCCAAUUCUAGUGUAGAACUAUCCCCUAAAGGUUAUCAGUUUCUUGUGGAUUUGUUUUUAUUGUUCGAUAAGGAUAACGAUGGAGGCUUGAAUGAGGAAGAACUUACUAAGAUGUUUUACCCAACGCCGGGAAUUCCUCCAUCAUGGAAGGAGUCUGGUUUUCCAAGAAGCGUGGUCUGUAAUGAACAAGGAGACGUUACAUUACAAGGCUGGUUGUCUCAAUGGGUUAUGACCACGUUUCUUGAUUGUAGAACGGUACUCGAAUACCUUGGAUAUUUCGGUUAUGGCGAUUCUUUAGAUGGAAGCAGUCGUAAGGAUGAACCUACAACUUCUGCAUUAAGAAUCACUCGCCAAAGAAAGAUGCGAAAACACAACGGCAAAUCCUAUAGAUCUACGGUUGCUGAUAGAACUGUGUUCAAUUGUUUUAUAUUGGGGGCUAGAGGUUGUGGGAAAACAUCAUUACUUGAAUCAUUUCUCAGUCGUCAGUAUAGUCCUACAUAUUCGCCCACAAUUCAGCCUGUCAUUGCUGUGAACAACGUUGAAUUGAAAGGAGGUAAGCAAUGCUACCUUAUAAUGCAGGAAUUGGGUGAAUUGGAGAGUGCUAUUUUGGAGAACAAGACAAAACUUGAAACAUGUGAUGUUCUCUGCCUUGCAUAUGAUUCUAGCGAUCCGGAAUCGUUUCAAUACCUCAUCGAUCUACGUUCAAAGUACCCGGAACUGGACGAAGUACCUGUGGUAUACGUCGCAUUGAAGGCUGAUCUCGAUAGACAACAGCAAAGAGCAGAUCAACAACCUGAACCUUACACUAGAUCACUUAAUCUGCCUCCUCCAUUACAUAUCUCGUCUAGCUGGAUCUCUUCGUUAAGCGAACUUCUUAGCCAGUUAGUAGAGGCUGCGGCUACUCCUAAACUGGCGACCCCUGGAUUGGAUCCCGAGAAGGAUACAGAGUCGCUGAUCAAUCCAUUUACCAUUGGAUGUACUGCCGUUGGCUGCAUGAUGCUAGUAUCUACAUGGUACUUAAAAGGCUGGAGGAGGUGA